AUGGACGACGAACUAAUCGCCAACUUUACCGCCAUCACCUCAGCGACGCCGGAACGUGCACGUCAAUACCUCACCCUCACCGACAACAACCUUGAACAAGCUAUUCAACUCUACUUUGACAGCGAUGGCGCCGACAUGGGCGCUGCCAUGCCCCAGCAAUCCCAGCCCGCUGCCCAGCCAGCAUCUCGUCGCUACAACCAGGAUGACAACGGCGUUGUGACGAUAGACUCUGAUGAUGACGAUGCUCCCUACGAGGAUGACGAGGCCAUGGCAAGACGUCUUCAGCAGGAGGCCUACGGAAAUGCCGGCGGUGAAGAAGAAGUCAGAGCCCCCAUGGCUAGAACCACAGAGACUCUUGUUGGUCCUGGCUCUAGAUGGGCUGGCGACGACGAGGACGACAUUAACGCUGCCGUUCACGAGCAGAUGAUGGCACGCCAGAGAAGAGCCCACACACGACCCGGCAUCUUCAACCAAGUUUCUGUAUGGGACGACGAUGCUAAUCCUGGCUUCGCUACUUCAGCCGAUCCCGAAACACACCGUCGUAAUCUCGCUCGUGCUACUGGAGGCGCCUCGGAACAAUCCUCCAAAUCAACUCUGCUCGCCGAGCUCUUCAGACCCCCUACCGACCUCAUCUCACACCUAUCGUUCCAAGAUGCUCGCGACGAAGGAAAAGAGGAGGAGAAAUGGAUAAUUGUCAAUGUGCAGGACCCUUCAAUUUUCGAUUGCCAGGUUCUCAACCGUGACAUCUGGAAAAACUCGCAAAUCAAGGAAACCAUUCAAGAGAACUUCAUCUUCUUGCAGUACUCCAAGGAUGAUCCACGCGGCACUCAAUAUGUUCAGUACUAUUUCCAAAACAGAGACAGCGACGACGCAUACCCUCACAUCGCCAUUGUUGACCCCAGAACUGGUGAGCAGGUCAAGAUCUGGUCAGGUGCCCCUGUCCCGAAAGCCUCCGACUUCCUGAUGGAUCUGCAUGAAUUCCUGGAUCGUUACAGCCUGAAGGCUUUCGCAAAGAACCCGGUUGCUACCCGCAAGCCUGAGAAGAAGUCAAAGGAUGUGGACAAAAUGAGUGAGGAGGAAAUGCUGGAGAUGGCAAUGCAAAACAGUCUUCAGCAAGGCGGUACAGCAAUCAAGGACGAGGACCCUGAUGCUCUCACCAAGGCAGAAUCAAGCAAGGGUAACAGCACAGAUGUCGACCCCGACGCCAUGGACAUUGUCGACACCGGUGUACCAAUCGAGAACGCAGAGACAGAACCUCCAGCAUCACAAGCCGGUCCUUUCGCUCAGAUCGCAUCUGACAAACCUCACACUGAGCCUACGGAUCCGGCGUCAUCAACUCGUAUCCAGUUCAGAUACUCUGGUGGAAGACAGAUCAGACGCUUUGGUCUUCAAGAGGAGGUACGCCGCAUGUACGAGUGGCUCAAAGCAUCGCCUGUUGAAGGCAAGCAAGGUGUUGACUUUGAGCUUGUCUUCAUGGGCCGCAACCUGAUUGAGGCAUUGGAUCAGACCAUUGAGGAGGCUGGGCUCAAGAACGGUUCAGUCAUGAUCGAAUUCUUGGAGUAA